UUUGUUGUUUACGGAAGCAACCGAAAGUGAUCACAUUAUUAGCCUUGUUAGCUGUUAAGUGGCAAUAUUCCCCUUUUCUGUUAUCCCAGCUUUCUCAUUGACUCUGUAUCAGCCACGGAGUGCACAAUGUCUUGUGUUGAAAACAUGCGAGCGUUCGUCAGCCAGCGGCUGAACUCAGCAGUCGAAGAGAUUCUCGCGGCUUUUGAAAAAGCCAUCCAGAAAUAUGAAGAAGAAGCAGCUUUGUCUCAGGAAGUCAUCGCCCGCCAGCACGCACUGCUCUGUGCGCUUCAUAAACCUUUGAUGGAGUCACCUUCUGCAGAUGUCUUCACACAACAGCUGCUACUGAGUAAAGAAGUUUCCAGUCAGAAGGACCAAAACCCACAGCAGGACAUAGUUCCACAGUCCUUAUUUAAAGAGGAACAGCAGGAGGAGCAGCUUCAAGAUCUGGAUGAGAAUGAGAUCAUUGAGUUCACCUACAAUUCAAGCCGUGCAGUGAAGUCAUGUGAGGAUCUUCAACCAUUAGUUGAACCAAGACCAGUGGAUCCAGAUCGGAAUGUUCCACUGGUGUUGUCAUCUGAGACUGAAGACAGUGAAGACUACAGCAAAGACCCUGCUGACCUCACACCCACUACAGAUAAAUCACAGGUGCUUUGUAGACCAAAAGGAUUUAGCUGCUCAGUCUGCAACCGUACUUUUAAGGCUUGCAGCUUUUUGUUGAGACAUCUUAAAGCGCAUGUGCUGGAGGCAAAGCAGGUCUGUAGUCUUUGCAGUGAACAGUUUGAGACUGCUGAUGACCUGAGACAUCACCUCCUGACACACAGGAGAAAGAAGAAGUUGCAGACACAAGCCAGGACACAGAACAGGGAGAAGCGGCUUCAGGAGCGCAUCAAACUGAACAGAGCCGCUAAAGUCCAGGAAACCCAGAAACCAGACAAGUGUAACGACUGUGGCAAGACUUUAUUAAGGCUGAGGCACAGUUGUCGGUCCCAAAGGAAAAACCAGGACCCAAAGAAUCCAGAGAAAACCAAGAAAAGGAAGAGGAGGAAAACUUGAAUGUUUUCUUUUUUUUGACUUUUUAUUUCAGGAUAUGGUUAGAUAAAACAACAAAUCUACCUUUUAAAUUUGUUUCUAUGCCUUGUUCCAUUUAAGAUUCUUGGAUGCCUGUUUUUGUUUGCUUUUUUUAGGUGGGGUGUUAUGCUUUUACAAGUUUUUUAGUUUUCUGAACCUAGUCUGUCUCGGUUUACUACUUACAACCACAGAAUGUGUAUGAAACCCCCUCUAAUAAAAAAAAAAGUGCAGCUGAAAUAUGACAGAAAAGGACUGCAUCUUGCGUCAAUCUGAUGAAAUUUAUUCUGA